UCAUUGGUGUAGUGGGGAGGAAUAGUGCCCAUCAUUGGUAUCAGUGGGAGGAAUAGUGCCCAUCAUUGGUGUCAUGGGAGGAAAUAGUGCCCCAUCAUUGGAGUCAGUUGGAGGGAAUAGUGCCCAUCAUUGUUGUCAGUGGGAGGAAUAUGCCCCAUCAUUGGUGUCAGUCGGAGGAAUAUGCCCCAUCAUUGGUGUCAGUGGGAGGAAUAGUGCCCCAUCAUUGGUGUCAGUGGGAGGAAUAGUGCCCAUCAUUGGUGUCUAGUGGGAGGAAUAGUGCCCCCAUCAUUUAGGUGUCAGUGGGAGGCAUAGUGUCCCACUCAUCAUUGGUGUCAAUGGGAGGAAUAGAGUCUAACCCCAUCAUUGGUGUCAGUGGGAGGAAUAGUGCCCCAUCAUUGGUGUCAGUGGGAAGGAAUAGUGCCCCAUCAUUGUAUCAGUGGGAGGAAUAG